GCCGACGCCCCAGUGCCCGCUCCCCGCCCCCAGGACAGCAACGGCGAGCCCCCAGAGCCCGCACGAUGCAGGCCACUGCCGAUUCCACCAAGAUGGACUGUGUGUGGAGCAACUGGAAAAGUCAGGCUAUUGACCUGCUGUACUGGCGGGACAUCAAGCAGACGGGGAUAGUGUUCGGGAGCUUCCUGCUGCUGCUCUUCUCCCUGACCCAGUUCAGCGUUGUGAGUGUCGUGGCCUACCUGGCCCUCGCCGUGCUCUCGGCCACCAUCAGCUUCCGCAUCUACAAGUCUGUUUUACAAGCCGUGCAGAAAACCGACGAGGGCCACCCUUUCAAGGCCUACUUGGAGCUCGAGAUCACCCUUUCUCAGGAGCAGAUUCAGAAGUACACGGACUGCCUGCAGUUUUACGUGAACAACACGCUUAAAGAACUGAGGAGACUCUUCCUCGUCCAGGACCUGGUGGAUUCCCUAAAAUUUGCAGUCCUGAUGUGGCUCCUGACUUACGUUGGUGCUCUCUUCAACGGCCUGACCCUGCUGCUCAUGGCUGUGGUUUCAAUGUUUACUCUACCUGUAGUGUAUGUUAAGCACCAGGCACAGGUUGACCAAUAUCUGGGACUUGUGAGGACUCACAUAAAUGCUAUUGUGGCAAAGAUCCAGGCUAAAAUCCCAGGCGCUAAAAGGCACGCUGAGUAAACUGAUAUCCCACCGGGAUUGGGCACAACAGCAAUGUCUGGAGUGGUAACAGCUCUCUUCUUACAUGUUACGGCAAGUCGGUUGUUUCUCCCCCCAGUACCAUAAUCUUAGAGACAAACUUUGAAACAGCUGUUUUUAGGCUGUUCCUGUACUCUUAGGAUAUUUGAGUCACUUGUGUCAAGCACUAAAGUAUAGAGAAAAGUGUACUAGAUGUGGUUUUUAAUUUCGUGUUGCUUAAAAAACGUGCAUGAUGGUGAGAGCCCAAGUUAUCUUUCCUUCUUCGGUGUUCUUCUCCUCCUCCCUGCAAUGCUUCUGUAGCUUCUCAUGUUCCCGUGGCUAGGCCUUUCCCGCCCAGUGCACUGGCGCAGUAGUGGAAAUCGCUUUUAUGUCCUUGGGCUGCUGGUCGGAUUAAUCUUUAAUAACAAUAUAUAGAAGUGUAGACCGAUGUUUUAGUGUUUUUCCAACACACACAACGUAAAAAUAAAAACGGUUGGCUGUACUUAUGGUAAUCAGUUUUGUAUAACUUAAAAUAAUUAAAUGAAUGAAUAAAUCCAAAACAAAAGGCGGUACUUUUGUUGUGUGGGACUGACGGGCUGAUUUACAUGUAUGGUAACUAAAGAGUACCAGCAUGUUAACUUUAUUACAAUUUGUAUUACUUUCUCUGUUAGUUCCUAAUUGACUUAAUUAUGGACUCUGGAUAUUUGCA